GGUGGAAAUUAUAUCUUCACUCAAAGCAUUUAACAAGAAAUAAUAGUUUGCUGAUUAAUCCUUGUGAAAGUUUGCUGUCUUUCAUGAGAGAACAUUUUGAGAGGAUUCUUAUUUGUACCCUUAUAUGUGUAUGGACCAUGCAAAUAAUUACCUACAUUUUUAUUAAAAAAACCAUGUGUGCAUUAAUGAGUGGAAUAUUCAAUGCAAUAAUCACUGUUGAUUAUGUAUAUAAGUUUUUUUAUUUCUUUCAGCAAAAAGCAGAUCCUUGGUGUGUGUGUGUCUAAGUUCAUAAACUGUAUACCUGUAAGUAUAUAAUUUUAUGAUAUUGAUUAGUAUAAAUUAUACCUUUAUAUAUUUGUGCACUUUCUUAUACAUAUAUUUGUGUGCAACUGGACUAUUUGCAAUGUAUUCUAUAACUGUCAGUGUCAAGUUUAUGAAAUACGUGUUAAAACUUACAUUUCAUGAGAGAAAGAGUCCAGGAAAGUACAGGGUAAAAAGGACAGAACUGGUAGUGAUUUUGAUGCUGUUCCCAAAGAUUUAUUUGAGAAUCCUAAUCUUUAUAAAUUUUAACCACUGAAAGUUAUCAUAUUCUGAUACUGAUAUUUUCCUUAGCAGACAAAUCCUAGCUCUUUCCGAGAGAUGACAAAUGUUACAGCAGUGCUGGAAUUCAAGCUACUGGGCUUCAGCAGCAACCCAUACUGUCAGAUCUUGCUAUUCAUGGUGGUUAUGGUUAUUUAUAUUCUCACCAUCUUAGGAAACAUCAUUAUUAUAUUGGUGGUGAAACUGGAGCCAAAACUUCAUUCACCCAUGUUCAGAUUUCUCCAGAACCUCUCUUUCCUGGAAGUCUGUUACACCACCACAAUUGUACCUAAGAUGUUGUCCAAUCUGCUGGCAAAGAGGAAGAGCAUCUCUUUCUCAGGAUGCAUGGCACAGCUUUACUAUUUUGUUUCCCUGGGAAUUACUGAAUGCUACCUCUUGGCAGCGAUGGCAUACGACCGAUUCCUCGCGGUCUGUCAGCCCCUGCAGUACAGUGUGGUCAUGACUGAUGAGUCUUACACACGUCUGGCUGUGGGCUCCUGGGUCAUUGGUGUUUUCACUGGUGUUCUGCCCUGCCUGAUGAUCUCCAGGUUGCAUUUUUGCAGCUACAACCUCAUUGAUCACUUCUUCUGUGAUAUCUCUCCACUGUUGAAGCUCUCAUGCUCAGACACCACUGUCACAGAAGCUGUCAUCUUCAUGAUCUCUCUCCUGGUCCUUCCCAGCUGCUUUCUUUUGACUCUAGUUUCAUACCUCUUUAUAAUCCUUACCAUCCUGAAGAUACCCUCUGCUUCUGGAAAAAGAGUAACCUUCUCCACCUGCAGCUCACACCUCAUGGUGGUGACUAUAUACUAUAGUACAACGAUUUUCAUAUAUGUCCGUCCCACCCACAGCCUCUCCUCAGACCUCAAUAAAGCUGUUGCUGUGCUCUACACCGUGGUCACACCCCUUCUGAACCCAGUCAUCUACAGCUUGAGAAACAAGGCGUUCCAAAAGGCCUUGGAAAAAACACUCUUCAGACACCAUCGCCUUCAUUCUUCAUAAUUUGGGAACUCUUCAAUACUGACUUUUUGGUUUUGACUUUUUGUCUUGAUUUGCCUUGAUUUUG